ACCCCUUAGUCACUGGUAGAGCAGUUGUUUUUGAGGAACUUUGACCAGCCUGUGAGUCUCUGCUGUAAAGCAGCAUGUGACUCUUUUCCUCUGCUGUAUGGAAGAUCCAGGUGUGAUAGCAAGUGUCACUGGAACAUGUUUGACCAAAGUGAAGAUUUGUGAAAUUCUGCCUUCUCUGAAGUGAGGAAUCUUGCAUGCUGUGUCACUCAGUUCAUGAGGCUCUGUUGCACUCUGCUCAAUACAAAUGGACUUUUCUUCGACUGUACCACCUCUGUCUCCUUCACUGGGAUCUCCACUCAGUCCAGAUGAGAUGAAGUUACUUGCUAAACUAGAAGAACAGAACAGGCUGCUAGAGACAGACAGUAAGUCCCUCUACUCUGUAAAUGGUGUUGUGAAAAGUCCCUCCUCACCCAAGAUCUUCUCUUUUGAGGAGGACACAUGGGGUAACGUUGUCAAAGAAUGGGACGAUUGGAGUAAGAGAAAAGUCGGACAGCUCAAGGAGCUGAUCAGGAGGGGGAUCCCUGCUCACCUGCGGGCUGUGGUGUGGCAGCUGCUGUGUGAUGCUCAGAAUGUUUCUGCACGGCAGCAGUACUCAGAGCUGCUGACAAUCUCUUCUCCCUCUAAAACGCUGAUACACAGAGACCUGAAACGCAUUCUGCCACAGUACCUGCUCUUUCAGAAUCACAACAGCACCAGCCAGGAGGCACUCUUUAAUGUGCUGAAGGCUUACUCAGUCUUAGACCGAGAGAUUGGCUACUGCCAGGGAAGUGUGUUUAUUGUGGGUCUGUUGAUCACUCAGAUGUCUGAAGAAGAGGCCUUCUGUGUUUUUGUGAGGCUUAUGAAGGACUUUAGAAUGAGGGAGCUCUACAGAUCCAGUAUGGUGGAGCUUGGCUGCUGCAUUCACCAGUUAGACUCUAUGAUUCAGGAGCAACUUCCUGAGCUUCACUCCCACUUCCAGACUCAGGGUUUCCACACCUCUAUGUUCUCCUCAUCCUGGUUUCUCAACAUCCUCCUCUCAUCCCUGCCAUUGGCAGCUGCCCUGAGGAUUUUUGACAUAUUCAUGUGUGAGGGCCUUGAGAUUGUGUUCCGGGUUGGAUUGGCCAUACUUCACAUGAAACAGACAGAACUCGUCAAGCUCGAUGAAGAGGGCAUGGUGCAGUCUUUUUGUUUUCAGUGCUUGCAGAAUUUAGAAUCACAAGAUUUAGAUCCUGACAGAAUGGUUAAAGCAGCAUUUCAAAUAAAAUACAACCCCAGGAAAAUGAAACAAUUGAGAAAGGAUUAUGCAUCAAUCAAGGCAAAAGAGCUGGAGGAACAAGAAGAACUUAAUGGAUUAUUCAGAGAAAACAAACAUUUAAAGCAGAGACUUGACAUACUGGAGAAGAGAUGUUCUGAGAAACUGGUGUCACAGCUGAAGAAAGAGCUGGAGAACACUUGGCUUAAUGAGGCCAAGUCACAUAGCACUUUAAAAGAGAUGAAGGCUAAGAUCUUGCAGAUAAAAGAGAGCAGCACUGUGUCUGAUGAGGGCAGUGUGAUGUAUCUGCAGAAUGAGUUGAUCAGCAGUAGACUGCGGGAAGCAGAGGCUCUUACUGGACUCAAAGAGCUGAAACAGCACAUUAAAGACCUGGAGUCGAAAUGGCAGAGGCAGCAGGAGCAUUGUGGAGGUCAGCAGAAAGUUGUCAGUGUGCAGAAUGAACUGCAGGUGGACCUCUUGAGCGCAAGACUGAAGGAAACUCUAGCUCAGGCCGCACUUAAAGAGAGCCAUCACAGACUGCUGCAGCUGCAGACAGAGAAUGAAAUUCUCAUUAACCAGCUAAAGCGAAUUAAAAUGCAAGUAAGCAGCCAACAAGAGCAUCUAGAGCAGCUGACAUCGCAGAACCAAGAUCUGCACAACCACUUACAGCAGAGCAGACAGCAGUUUGUAGCAUACAAGCAAAAUCCUGAAGAGAAGCAGAUUGAAGAGGCAGGGAACAUGGCCACUAUUGCAGAUCUUCAAAAGCAGAUCACAGAGUUACAAACCCAAAUUCAGAACUUCUCCAUGAAGAAAACAUGAUUUUCUCAACUUGCGCCAAGGCCUUCCACAUCCGCCUCCUUGGAGCACAAUGACACCUAAAAAUGGACUGAUGUCCCGUCAUUCUGUCUCCAGAAGCACGCCAUCUGAUGAGGCACUGAAGAUGUUCUAUUAACAGCACUACCCACAGCUACUGUGUCCACUGAGCAAGUGCCUUCAUGUCGUCAGCUAUGAGGGCAACUCAUGAAGAUUUUCAAACAUAGUGCAACUCAUCAAGUCAAGUGUGAUGUUGAAACGAGCAGAGAUACACUGUGACAGUUUUACCAUUAACACUUAAAAGUGACAACAAGAUUUCUUUCAUUCUUGCCAAAAAAAAGUACACUGGAUGGCCUAGACCUAACGCCACACAGCACUUGUUAGAACUGUGACACUGUUCUUAGUAAAGCUGUCACACACUACAAGAGGUUUUAGAGUAUUUUACACAUUGUCAAACAUUAACCAUAAACAUAGUAUUAUUGAAUGCCCUUCUUAACAAUUAACAGUAAAACAGUGAUUUCAGCAAGAAAGUCUGUAUUUGAGUCAAUGUCAUUGGACUUGAUAGAUUAUGGCUACACACUCUCAUGGCGAAAUCGUCAGGAUUCAUACAACUUUUCUAAAUUUGGCUAAUUCGUAUGAUAUCGUACAACUUUCACUACAGCCAAUGACAUCCCUGGACAACGGUUCCAUCUAAUACGCGACAAUUACUUGCUUUUGUCACACACAACAGCUUUCUGUCAUGUUUACACUCUACUGAUCGGUUAAGUUUAGAUAAGGGGUUUGGGUAAGGGCAUAAUAUUAAUGAGCAUGUGCUUAACGCCUCAUGCGUAAACUCGUGCUUACUUCCGCAUUACACAUCCGGGCAUUUGCAUGUGAUGAAAUCGUACAAAUUUAUACGAAUGAACUUGUACGAAAUCAUACGAAAUAGUCAACUCAUAAAAUAUGUACAAAUUUUCAUGAGACUGGGUUGAAUUUUGGUCACUGCCUAUAUACAGUAUGAGGGUCACUGGCACAAAGCAUUAAACUAAGUACAUUUCUAUUUGGACUUGUAUCCAGUUUUACCUUAUGGCUUUUAUGGUGUACUUAUCAGAGUUGGAGUAAGACAAGAGCGUCCAAAUCACAGACACAUCCCAAACCUCUAAGUUUCAGACCCCAAGGCCCAGACCAAGACAUGUCCAUUCAAGAACCAGAGUGCCCAUUUUAAUAAAGUGAAAUAGAGAAAAUGUUGAAUUUGUUGCAGAAUUCAAACUAUGUACCAUAAGGCUGUUUAGAGACAUGCAAUUCUUGUGAAUUCCCUGUAAUAAUCAAGAUACAAUGCCAACACUGCUUUAUAUAACUGUUAACACGUUGUAAAUAGACUGUGGUCUUAAAAAAAAGACUUUCAUUUUGAGACCCAGACCCAGGUUUAUGUGGUCUUGAGAGGUCACAAGUAGUUUAAAUCAGAUUACUUAAUCGAAAAAGUAACCACAUUACUAAUUACUUUACUUUUAGGUUACUUUCUGCUCAAUAAAUUCAAAAUAAUGUCUAUAUUUCCACCAUGUUCAAUGUUGCACAUCCACCAGCUGUCACAGAAAUGCAAACAGACACAAGAACUUAUGAAUUCAUAUUUUAAAUGUAUUAUUAUGCAUCAAUAAUAUUACUUUAGAAAAAUGUGUAACCCAAGUAAUGUACUCAAAAGUAAUUAAUUGAAAGUCAGUAACUGUAAUCUGAUUGCAAGAAUUUAAAAUGUAAUGCGUUACACUACCUUUGACUGAAGUAAUUCGUAAUCAGAUUUCACCCAACACUGCACAAGACCAGUACGACAAUGAUAGCCUAAUAAAAUCUGUAAUUUAUGUUAUUUUUAAUUUGAAAAUAUUUAAGUUUAACAAUAUCUUUAUGACUCUUUCUAAUGUGUGCAUGGGUUUGAUAUAUGUACCCAAACAAUAUUAA